GGGACGCCGGCGCGCACCUGCUGCACUGCGGCACCGGAAAUAGAGAGCAGAGCACAGAGGCUGAGCAGAAGAUGUGGAGGUAAUCCUCUGCCACGCGUCGCCUUCAAUCGUUUUUGUCAGUUUAAUCUUUCAGGCUCGGGUCGGCAAGCUUUGGCAUCCCGUCACAUCGCAGCAGACAGCGGAGAGAGGAGGGACACAGCAGCGCGAGUAUUAUCAUGAUGGCACACGCGCUCCGAGCUCCGUGCGUGUCAUCUCUGGCGUUUUAAAACGAGGAUAGAGACGGAUGUGGGUAGUCAUGCCCACCGAACCUGCGAAUUUCACGCGUAGUAUUAGUUUGUAUUAUUAUUUGUAUAUGAUGUGUGGAUGUGAGCUUUGAUUUAAAAUCAAAGUAAGCCACAGCAUCUCUGUUGAUGUUACUCAAAUCCAGCCCUUCAUCAGCACCGCUCAGCUGGAAUGAAAGAAGAGCAUUGUUACCAGAGGAAACAGCGCAUAAAUCUGGAACAGGAUCAAAUGCGACAGCUGUCAUUCUCUAUUUGUCCCUUGAUUCGCUGAAAUGCCGUAAAAAGGGACUGUGGAGAGCUAGUCGAUGCUAAUUGUCAAGAAAUGAAUCGUCUGUGCUCUGUUAAUAAUAACUUUCCAUAUGAUAACAACCUCCUGGUGCUGGACAUGGUCCUGAGCUCACUAUGGGCUUCAUCUCAGCCAAUCAACUGGGAGAAUGUUGCCAAGUUGGUCCCAGGGUUCACCCCUAAAGAGUGUGCGCAAAGGUUUGAAGAGUUAAAGACUACAGGCAGUUUCCCUCACGUUGAUGACCAGUGUAACCCACUGACCGGUGCAGUGAGCUCUCCAUCGGAACCCUUUUCCACCUACAUCAAAUCCAAUUUAUUGGACAUUACAGUAGAUAAAGAGGAACCACCGUCCAAUCAGGCCACUCUCUCAGAGUCAGGCCUCACUGUGAUCUCUACUGGUCAUGGAGCCUCUGCAGAAAUUGAGAUUGCAGAUCCUGCCAAGAAGAUUGAGAAAACAGAAGGGAAUAAAAUCCCCAACAUGGUAAUCCACGUUUGUGAUGAGGCAAAGAACCUGAAGCAGGACUUUGUGUGUCCAAGGAACCUUCUGGUAAAAGAGAUGCGUUACUUUGAAGAGUAUCUUUCUGUGGACCCACAGCGCUGGGACGAGGUGGACAUUUCUGUCCACUGUGAUGUCCAGAUCUUUGACUGGCUCAUGAACUACGUCAAGAGUCACAACACUGAACAUUCACGUGGAAAACACAUGGACAAACCCAAACUGGAGCACAGCAAUGUCAUCUCAAUCCUGAUCUCCUCCGAGUUCUUGAAGAUGGAAACUUUAGUUGAGGAGUGUAUCCAAUUUUGUCACCAACAUAUGAGUGCCAUCAUAGCAACACCAUGCAAUAUGAACUGCAUCAACAACAUCCUGGCUGGACGCAUCGCUGAUCUGUUCAGCCACAACGAGGCAGAUGACCUCAAGGACAAAAAAGACAAAUUCAAAAGUAAACUGUUUCAGAAGAAGAUCGAACGAUUAUUUGAUCAUGGUUAUCAGAAUCGCGAUUCCCCUGGGAACGCAUCUACUCUGUACAGAUGUGGACUUUGCCUUAAGCUUUUAACCAAAGAAACAGAGAGAAAAAUCCCUUGUGUUCCAAACAAAAUCAACGUAGAUGUCCGAGGAAACAUUGUAUUCACUCACACCAGACAUAAGGCCUGGGAGGUUCAUGGGUUUGUGAAUGGGCUUUAUGAAGAGUUGAAGUCCUGGGUUCUGGUCUACUGGAGGAUCUGGGGCACAGUCAACUUCCUAACCUGUUCACGCUGCAAACAGGCAUUCCUGUGUACAGAUUUGGGCCAGUGUAAGUACCACCCAGAGGCGGUUGUGUAUCCUGGAAUUGGGGCAGAUCAUAGAUGGCAUGGCAUUGGUCUUUACCCCUGCUGCAACCAGAAAGUCCUAAGAUUCGAUCCCUCCUCCAUGCCCAAGGGCUGUAAAAUAAGAGACCACAUUGUGAGUGCAGCAGAUGGUGGUGACUGCGGCGAUCACAAUGUAAACUCUGCCCAGACCAGAAUACUCAAUGACCUGCUGCUACACAGAGAGGCUGUGUGUGUGCCAGAGAGCUGUAGCUCUGAGGACCCUUCUGCAGGCAGUGAACGUGUGCCAGGAUGUGAUGUAAUGCUGGAGCCAGGGGUGCUUACAGCUCACAGACCCAAGGAAACCACAGCUUUUUCACUGUUAAAAAACUGGAGUCUUCAGCUGCGGCAGCAGUCUCUGCUGUCUGAAGAUGAGGAGUACACUACCGGGUCAGAGGUCACAGAGGAUGAGGUCGGGGAUGAAGAAGAUACAUCGAAAAAACAAGCUGCAAAGAAGGCAAGAAAAUCUGGAAAACCUUUGAAAAAACAAGUGUCCUCCCCCAGUUUCCAGCGUAAGGAGAAAACUGGAGAAAAGGCACCAUCUCGAGACUCCACCCCAUUCAUCGUCAGCAUCCAGAAGAAUAAGUGGGAUAGCAAUCGCUCUAUGAGGUACAAUCAGGACCUACAGAGGGAGGAGGAUCAGAGGAGAAUGGAGGAGAUUAUAGCAAAUCUCACUAAAAUGCGCUUUGGUGAUCAAGAGCAGACGAAGUUUAAAGACACAAAAGAGCCUGCAGGGGGGCUCUACUCGAGGCUGGAGGCCCAGUUUAAGUCCUCCCCUCAGUCCAGCGGAAGACACAGCAGCUCAGAGAAAACUCGAGCGAAGACACGCUCGGGGCCGUCGAGACCGACUUAGAGAAAAUGUGGAGAUAAGGGAAUGUUUUUUUUUUAAAGGAGGAGUAAAAGAGCUUGCUGCUGUUUGACGAGGCAGAAUAAGCCAUCGCUCUCUUCGUCCAUCCUUUGCUCCACUCCUCACCUCCUCCUUCUCCCAAACUCCGUCCAGACACAACAGGAAUAGCAUUAGAGUAUUUUCCAUUACAGUCCCGGGAGAAGAAUGGAUUGCUGGUGUGGUCACUGAUGUCAUAACUGUAGCUAUAGAACAUAAACAAUGGACCUAAUAAAACCAUUAGUUGCACUGUAAA